AACAUCGACAGUGGCCAAAAAGCAUCGAUGUUUCUCCAUCUCUAGGAACUAGAACCAAAAUAGUGAGUCAUUUUUAGAGAAAGAAAAUUUAUAAACAAAAAAAUAGGAUACUUUAAGUUUAAAAAUACCGUAGAACAAUGGCUACUGCGAAAGCCUUAUCAUUUGUGCAUUCUGUACAUGCAUGGGACUCACCUUCCUAAUCCUGGCCUGCGCUGUACCAACGCCGAAAAUCUUCUACCCUUUCUUUGUGCUGCUCUUCUACGCACUGGCUGCCAUUCCGGUCUUUGUGGCUAAGCGGACCACUCCCGGCUCGGAGACCAACCCGAAGGUGGAGUUCGCCCAUUUCCUUACCACGGGAAUGGUGAUCAGCGCUUUUGCCCUGCCCAUUGUCCUGGCCCACGCUGCGGUGAUUACUUGGACUGCUUGCAUUCUAACAAUAUUCAGCAAUAUUAUAAACUUCAGCACCAUGUUAGGCUACGCCAUGCGGGAGGACGGGGAGCACUAUGGAAGCAUGUUCUAGGAAGUAUUUGAAGGCCCAGUACUCAAAGCAGCAGUCAUACUCUGGAAGACCUCUCCGCCCAUUCCUGCUGCCUUGAUUACUGCGCAGAUUUGCUCGUAAUCAGCCACAAUCUCAUCUAAUCAACUGUAAUCAGAUAACUUAAAUGCAAAAUAAACAGACAUUAGUAGUAAACAGA